AUGGGGACUCCAGACAAAGAAGAAUUACUAAGAGUGGGGAUAUCUUUUCAAGCUCAGGUAAAACAAAUUACUAGACAAUGUACCCCUGAUUGCAGUGGGCUGAUUAAACUGUAUCCAGGCCUCCAGGAGGAAGCAUUUGGCCUCUCUGCCUUAGCAGUUGCUGUUGGUGUCGGCCUACUCUCCAGUCAGCGCCCACUCAAAGUCUCUUAUGGCAUUGGUGAGGAAGAACAUGAUAAAGAAGGCCGGGUGAUUAUAGCCGAAUUUGAUGCGUUUGUGCUGGUUACAGCCUAUGUACCUAACGCAGGCCGCGGUCUGGUGCGACUGGAGUACCGGCAGCGCUGGGAUGAAGCCUUCCGCAAAUUCCUAAAGGACUUGGCCUCACGUAAGCCUCUUGUGCUGUGUGGGGACCUCAAUGUGGCUCAUGAAGAGAUUGACCUUCGCAACCCCAAGGGAAACAAAAAGAAUGCUGGUUUUACUCCACAGGAGAGCCAAGGCUUUGGGGAACUGCUGGAAGCUGUACCACUGACUGACAGCUUCCGGCAUCUCUACCCAGAUACAGCUUAUGCCUAUACGUUCUGGACCUAUAUGAUGAAUGCACGGGCCAAGAAUGUUGGUUGGCGUCUUGAUUACUUUCUGUUGUCUCACUCUCUGUUACCUGCACUGUGUGACAGCAAGAUCCGUUCCAAAGCCUUGGGCAGUGAUCACUGUCCAAUCACUUUACUCCUAGCACUGUGA